AGUUGGUAAAAUUGACAAUUGGUGAUGCAACCUUCAUUAAGACCUUCACUGGUCGCGUGGAGGGACGUUAUGUGACUUUGCUUCUACCUGGUUCAGGAAAAUACCUUACACUGUGUGAAGUGGAGGUCUACGGGUACCCUGCCCCAACCAGGGCAUGUCAUGGCGAGAACCUGGCCGUUCAAGGAAAAGCCUCGCAGUCGUCACUGUUUGAAUUUGGUCUUGCAAACAAUGCCAUCGAUGGAAAUCAUGACAGCAAGUGGGAACACGGCUCCUGCAGUCACACAUCCAACGACAUCCACCCCUGGUGGAGACUGGACCUGGGCAAAACCCACAAAGUGUUUUCUGUGAAGAUUGCCAACAUAGAUACUGAGUCAGAGCAACUCAACGGAGCUGAGAUCCGGAUUGGAGAUUCCCUUGGGAACAAUGGCAACAACAACAAGAUGACCUGGACG